AUGAGAAUAAAUCCAAAUUUACUUAGAAUUUCGAUUAGAUAUGCUUCUUCCAGCAGUGGUGGAUAUCCUGGGUCAAUGAGAACAGCAUUACCUCGUAGACCUAUAAGAAAAAUCCCAGUAGGUAAAGCACGUCCUGCUAUAUAUUAUCAGUUUGAUGUUGCAGUAGAAUUGACUGAUGGUAGUGUGGUUAUGAGAAGAUCACAGUAUCCUCAAGACGAAAUUCGAUUGAUUCAGGAUCAAAGAAAUAAUCCAUUUUGGAAUCCAAGUAGAGAUGAUUUGAUAGAUGUGGAUCCUAAUUCAGUUGGUAAUAUUGAAAAGUUUAAACAAAGAUACAGCGGUAUGUUUGGUUAUGCACAAGAUGCACAGGAGUCAUCAAAGUCAUCUUCUCAAGGAAAGAGAGUUAAAAAGAAAACUUCUUCGAAGUUUGAUGAUGUUAACAGUAAAGAUAAAGCUAAUGUUAAGGAGUCUAUAACUAAGAACAAGGGACAAGUACCUUCUGAAUUAGAUGAUUUCUUAGAUUUCUUAGAUGAAACUGGGUCGACAUCUACAAAGAAAAAAUGA